AUGCGCGCGGCUGCGGCACCGGCCUUGCCCGCCAGAGUGGCCUCUCCGGCCUGGAGUGCGCAGACCCGUACACCUCCCGGACGCCAGGACGCCCUUGUGAGGGCUGUUUCCGGGACAGGAAAAGUGAUUUCUUCCUGCAUUGAAGAAAACGGUUUGCAUAGCAAAGAAGGAAUCCUGCCUGGAGAAGGACUGAUUUCGAAACUCAAGGUGGAAGAGGGAAAAACAGAGGGACAGAAGAACUAUUCAAACUUUGUCUUCUUUCCUUGUGGUUUAUGGUCUCCUCCUCCUCUGCCUCAUCAAAAGCCUCCUCACCCUCCAAAGCAUCCCUGGUCUCUGCCCCUGAAUCCACCUCGGCCUUCUCUGCUGUGGCUGCCUCAGCCUCCAAAUCCUCCACUGCCUCCACAUCAACCCUUGAAGCCACCUUCGUCCUUAGGGUUGGCUCAGUCCAAGGUAACUUUGUUUCCAUCAAUUUCACUAUCUUCCAUAGCUUCCUUGACAGCUUUAGCAUCUUCCUCGCUGUUGAAGUCUACGAAACCAAACCCUUUGGAGGAGCCAGUUUCCUGGUCAGUGACUAUCCUGGCGCAAACAGAGCCAUAAAAUGACUCCUUCAAUGUCUUCUCGGUGGUGUCCUCAGACAGGCCUUUGACAAAGAGAGUUUUGGAUGGCUGGCUUCUUGUGUUAGGUGAUGCCCUGUAUCCUUGCAACUCCAACCUGAUUGCUCUGCCCUCAAUUUCUCUCUUAUUACAAGAAUUUAACACUUCUUUAGCAUCUUCAAAUGAAGCAAAUUCUAUAAAUGCAUACCCUUUAGAUUUGCUGUUUUGGUUCAGGGGCACCUUGAUAGCUGUUGCUUUCUCAAACACUUCCUGA